AUGCUCCCAGAAGUAGAACCUGAAGAACCGAUCCCAGAUGAGAUAUCUGAUGAUGAGAAUGAUGACCCCCUUUGUCCCACCAUACGAUUGACAAAGAAGGAAGUGGAGGAAAUCAGAGCAUCACGGCGAAAGACGCUCAUCAUCAAAGUAAUGGGCAGGAGUGUGGGCUACGCCUAUUUGCUGCGCCGGCACGUUACCAUGUGGAAGCCGAAGGGGAGUAUGGACCUAAUCGCGAUCGACAACGACUAUUUCCUCGUGCGGUUCGGAUUAGUGGAUGAUCUGGAGUUUGCGAUGUUUGAGGGACCGUGGAUGGUCCUUGAUCAUUACCUCCUUGUUAAACAAUGGGUGCCAGAUUUUGAUCCAUUCUCUAAUCAGACGGAAAAGGUUUUAGUGUGGGUAAGGAUCCCGUGUUUACCAGUUGAAUACUAUAACAUUAUAUUUCUCAGGAAGCUGGGGAACAAGGUGGGCAGAUCCAUUCGAGUUGACCAGGCCACAAGCUUAGUCUCAAGGGGGAAGUUCGCCAGAAUCUGUGUAGAAGUGGACAUCACGAAGCCGCUCAUAUCGAAAUUCAAUUACAAAGGCAAGGUACGACAUGUGGCUUAUGAGGGGAUUCAUAUGAUAUGUUUUGCAUGUGGGAUUUAUGGCCAUGCGCCAGAUGCAUGCCCACGAGCCUCCAAGACUGUACCAGCACAAGAACAAGCGACGGAAGGAGAGGCGAGGAAACAAGCUACCACAGCGGUGAAAUCGACAGGGAACCCGACAGUGGUAGUUGGUGCCAAGCCUUUUGGAUCAUGGAUGAUAGCCCCAAGGCGCAAAGGAGGGAGACCACAAGCGAGACAGACUCAUCGGAGUGCAGCUGAAGAGAACAGACGUAGUGGGGGUGCACUGGCAUCCAGAUUUGCUCCACUCGCGCAUGAAACAGGAGAGGACGGAGUAGCACCACCGGACCAUGCAGACGACAUUCAUGAGAAUGGUGAGGGGGAAGAAAGAGAAGAGGGCAGAUCACGAAGGCAGGCGACAAUCAGCGAUAAUUCGAGAAGGCCGAAUGUGAUCACUUCUGAGAAGCAAAUCGAGAAUGAACCAAUGAGGAUUUCUACCGCGACAACAAAAGAGGGUGCUACAUCGACAUCAAAGUCGCGACGACCUACUGGCUCAACUAGCAGACGUGCAGCAGAGGAAGACGAACACAUAGUUGUCCGGGGCGAGAAGGGUGGGCUGGUUAUUAACUCUACAAGAGUGUACGUGGCUGACGCAGCGGGCGAUGUUCCCUCGCUAGUCUGGCAGUCAACAAAUGAACAUCAUUCCGACCCCCCGGAGCAACAUGAUGAUGAAGGCGACGUGGUAAUGGAUUUGGAAGCGCUACCGGAGGGCGAAGAGAAUGAGGGAAGCGGAAGGGCUCGUUGA